CUCCCUCCCCGCCGCUACGCCCGGUUGUGGUAGGGGUGGUCAGUUUCGAGCUUGGACUUUUCCUCUCUGGGCGCCAUGCCGAGCAUUCCGGCGAGGGACUCGAGCACGUCGGUGGACUUGACGAUGGCGAGCAUCUUACCGCGGUUCUUCUCGAGGAUGACGCGGUGGGUCUUGGUGGUGACGAAGGCCUCGAGGAUGUCGUGGGCGGAGACGGAGGACUGCAGCUUGAGGAAGGGCACGUCGGGCUGAGGGAGGGAGGGAGGGAUGGCACACACGAAGGAGGCACACACACAUCAGAGCGCCUGUCACUCUCCCUCUCUCUCUCUCUCUCUCUGUGUGUGUGUGUGUGCGUGUGUGUGUGCCUCACUGACCCUGCAGCCCUUCUCGCGGACGAACUUGACGAAGUCGAUGGCCGGCGCGUGGAGAAUGUCCUUCUGGGGGAACUGGGCCGCAGCGAGAAACAGAUACUGAGCAACAGACAAUAAACAACAUUCAGCAACACAUCCAUCCAUCUAUGUGUCUGUGUGUGUGUCUGUGUGACGUAACAAGGCACCUUGAUGUCUCUGGCUGUGAUGACCUCCUUCAACUUGGUGGGGUCCAUUUCCGACACGAUAGGCACGGCGGCGAGGUUGUUGCCCUCCAUCACAGCCAUGGCCUGCACAUACACACACACACAGGGCACAGAGGGGCCGUGUGUGUUUCUAUGGCUCUUUGUCUUGUCUCUCUGUGCGAGUGGUGUAGGGGUACCUUGAGGAGGCUGCCCGACUCGAGCAUGGUGAUGAUGGGCUCUUCCAGCGCCUUGCCGAACGACAAAUCCUACAGACACACACACACUUGUGUGUUGUGUGUGUGUGGGGGGGGGGGCGGGAACGUACCCGCCCUAUCUCCUUGACGACAUUGAACUUUUGCACCAGCGUCAGGAUGUCCGAAGGGCUGAUCACACGCACAAGACGGUCGCCGUCGAAAAUCGGCCUGAUACACACAUGGACACACAGAUAGACAAACAGACAGACAGACAGACAGACAUGGACACACAGCUGUGUGUGUGGGGCCAGCUGUGGGGUGUUUGGCUUUGGCUGCUUACACUCGUGUGCAGGGUUUGAAGGCGGCGAUGAUCUGCCCGACGGUGUCUGUGAUCUGGUGGCGGAUGAAGGGGCUGUGCUUUGAUAUGUCUGCAGCGUCCACACACACACACACACACAGACACACACACACAGAGAGAGAGAGAGAGAGAGAGAGAAAGGCAAAUACAGAGGCCACAUUGCACCGAGUGGAGCUCUCUCUCCCUCUCUCUCUAAGGGCAGGGGUGGUGGGAAACGUACUUGCGACGGCGUCGAUUUUGGUUUUGCCGGCCAUGGUGAGGACCUCUCUGAAGUUCUUGUUCUUCCAAUCCUUGUUCAUCCGCAUCAGCAGAUAGCUCACGUCCUGCACAAAUCAUGACACACACACACACACACACACGUAUCCACCUCCCCCCCCUCUCUCUCUCUCUGUCUCUGUCUCUGUCUGUCUGCGCGCGCGUGUGUGUGGCCGGCCCGUUGAUCUGACUUACCGUGACGUCCAUGAAGGAGUAUGUGGGCCGGCUCUUCCGCAGACCGCACCACUUGCGCCGGGGAUGGUAGACAACCGCUGUGCGCAGCCUGCAAGAAAGAAAGAAAAACAUCCACGUCCACCAGCCAGCUACACAGACGCUGUGAGUGUGUGUGUGUGAGUCCGUGUGCGGCUGCGUAAGCCACUGACCGUCUGUUGUGCAGCAUCUCGCAGAACUCGAGCACGGUGACGGUGUCGGGCAGUGAGAGCAGCUCCUGCUUACCCAAACAUGACAACACCUGCGCCCACCAAAAGAGACACACACACACACACACAACACCAUGUUGACCGAGCCGCCGCCCCCCUCCCCUCCCUCCCACUCACCUGUCCAAUCGGCGUGCCGAGCAGUGUGGUGAGCCUGGCCACGCCCGACUGGCCGCUCACGUCCCUCUCCACCCCCUCUCCCUCCCCCACACCGUCUGUGCGAACCGCAAACCCACUGGUGGCUGCGCCAUUGUCGGCGUCACCACCAGCGGCGGCAUCCGCGGCACACGCCUCGAGGGCGUCGUCGAUAUCCAUGCCCAUGCCCUCCUGCUGCUGCUGCUGCGGGGGGUGGUCGCUGUUGUUGACAGGCGAGCCGUCCUGGCUGCUGCCGAGUCCUGCGGGGGCGAACUCCACAACUUUGAGGUCGUCCGACGACCAUAGACCGCUCUGUGUGCCGAUGCCUGUCAUGGUGGACUGAGUGAAUCCUGCAGUCCAGAUGGCGGCCUUGUGCUGCUGGUGGUGGUGUUUGCCGGCGUCGUGGCCGCCGCCCUUGAGGUGUGUGAGUGAGGUGGACGAGGUGGGCGAGCUGCUGGCUGGAGAGGGGGGGAGGUCGGGAGAGGCGCUCAUCCAGCCCUCAUGGUCCUCAUGCACCUGACACAGCACACAGAAAGACAGACACAGACACACUCAGCAGCAAGCCACAGAGAAGACACACACAGAAUUUGUCUACUCACCUGUGGCAGCCUCUGUGUCUUCCCCUCUCCUCCUCCCUGUUGACCAUCAUGAUGUGGGUAUUCCUUCGAGUCGCUUCUCAGCGCGUGAAAGGCCUCAGCGAGCGUCGCGGGACAGACGCGGCCUCUCUCCCUCUCACCGGUGCUGCUCUCCUUGCCGGCCUUGCUCAAGUUGCCAGUGACAUUCCGCCCCUGGUGCACCACGGCGGCGCUCAUCCUCAACGAAACGUCUGGUGUCUGUCGCAAGUAAAAUUCGCAACAAGAAGCUCUCAAUCACCUGUGCGGACGUGAGGAAUGCUUGAUGAGAGCAGUUU